GCGGAACGCCCCUCCUGUGAGGUGUGUCCGCCUGUGUGCCCCGAGCAGGACAGGUUGUCUCACCUUACAGCCGAUGACACCUGAACAUGGAGGCCGAGUACCGGGGUCUGGGCCGCUGUGUGUGCAGCUUCUGGCUGGCUGUCGCCUUUGACAUCGUGGGCCUGACCGUGCUCCUGCUCGGGGUGUUCGUCAACGUGUUUUUCUAUGACCUGCUCAUCUACGCGGGCGCCAUCGUGAUCUUCCUCAGCCUCAUCUGGUGGGUGUUCUGGUACUCUGGGAACAUCGAGGUGCCUCCGGGGGAGCUGGAGGAUGACGUCGGCCUGCUGAAGAAGAAGGGCCAAGCUGGCGGCAUCGGCGGGGUAGUGAGGCGGCUCUCCAGCCGCGUCUCCAACGGAAUCAGGAACUCUUUCCGCCGAAACGGAGGCCGCGCAAGCCGAGCGCAGAGGUCAGCCGCUGGGACAGCGGAGUCCCAACAGACGGGACAGGUGGCCGUUGCCAUGAAGACGGUUGUCCCGCAGGAAAGCCCCCCGCACACUGCAGUGUCCCCCGUUGCUGGCCUGGAAGUAGAGAUGCCGCACACAACUAUGGAGACUUCACCUACAUAACAGGUGGACAGAGACACGCCCACCUC